UUACCUACAUUUCCGCUUGCUUUUCAGUUGGAAGAGUAGUUAAUCAUAUGGGAAAUCAUUUAACUCUCCAUUUUUCAGCAGCAUAUCUUUUGCUUUCCUUUAUAUUUUAUGAGGUUUAUCUGGGAAAACCUGACAAUCCAACACUCUAAUUCUUUUUGCAUUCUUUUUUUAUUGUUCCUGGCUUCUAAAGCUCUUCAUAUUGUUUGCUCUCUUAACCUGUUAGUCGAAGCCUAUUUUCUCAAACACUAGUUGGCCAUGAAGAAUCCCAUUGCCACAACCAAGAAUUUUCCUCUUCUGUUCUCCCUAGUUGGGUUGUUUGUUCUGUGCAAAUGUCAAGAGGAUCACUUCUUUUCUAUAGCACCAAUGGAGAAGAGAGAGCAAGAGGCCCUGUAUUCUGCUAUUCAAGGAUUUGUGGGGAAGUGGUGGAAUGGCUCGGAUCUCUACCCAGACCCUUGCGGAUGGUCACCUAUUCAGGGAGUUUAUUGUGAUCUCUUUGAUGGCUUUUGGCAUGUCACCGUUUUAAACAUUGGUCUAGUUUUUGACAACUCUCUCCAGUGUAGCCAGGAUGCAAAGUUCACACAUCACCUCUUUGAGCUCACUCACCUAAGAUCUCUCUCAUUCUUCAAUUGCUUUUUCUCACCUAGACAUAACCCCAUCAGAAUUCCCUCCUCAAACUGGGAAAGACUCUCAAACAGCUUAGAAUCCUUGGGGUUCCGAUCAAACCGUGGCCUCAUUGGUACAAUUCCAACCUCUAUUGUCCGCCUUAAACAGCUCAAAUCACUAGUGCUACUAGAAAAUGGAUUAACAGGAGAAUUGCCUAUAGAACUGGGCAGCUUGGUGAAUUUGAGACAGCUUGUACUUGCUGGAAACCAGUUCACUGGUCAGAUUCCAGAGAGUUUUGGAGGGUUAACUCAGCUACUAAUAAUGGACUUAAGCAGGAAUAAUCUAUCAGGGUCACUGCCGUUGACUUUUGGGGGUAAUUUCACCUCGCUCCUAAAGCUGGACUUAAGCAGCAAUAAGUGAGGAAAGCUUCCUAAAGAAAUUGCAAGCCUGAAGAAUGUCACCCUAUUGGACCUUGGGGAAAAUAUUCUCGUGGGUUUGACACAGUCACUUGAAGAAAUGGUUUCCUUAAAAGAGAUGGUGCUGUCCAACAACCCUCUUGGGGGUGACCUCAUGGGAGUUCAAUGGGGAAACUUGCAGGAUUUGGAAAUUUUGGAUCUUUCUAAUUUAGGUUUGACAGGUAAAAUACCAGGGUCCAUGACAGAAAUGAAAAGGUUAAGAUAUUUGGGACUUAAUGAUAACAAUCUGUCAGGAAACCUUUCUCCAAAGAUUGCAACCCUACCUAGCCUCGGUGCUCUUUACAUUAAUGGGAACAAUCUGACAGGGAAGCUUGAGUUCCCAGGAGGGUUUUAUAAGAAAAUGGGGAGACGGUUCAGAGCUUGGAACAAUUCGAAUCUUUGCUAUCAGGCUGAAAUGAUCUCGUCAUUAAGCCAUGUUCCUAAUGGGGUGAAAGCUUGUUGACAAGAAAACUAAUUCAGAGAAGAACCAAAUACCACACUGAAAAGGAGCAAGAAGCAGUGCUACGAAAAGGAAAUGCUUAUUCAUCUUCAGGGUAUUCAAGCUCAAAACGCAGAGGAAAUGCUUGUUCAUCUUCUGAUAAAAGGGAGAUGGUUGCUGAUCUUCUCCUUCCAAAAAACUGUUGUUCUAAAUCUUGCCUUUAAAGAAAAUUGUUGGCUUAGUAA